AUGAAGCGGGGCCGACGAGUCUGUGCAUUCUGCUGCAACGCGGCGCCGUUUCGAAGAAGGAGUCAGAUUGUCUACGAGGAUGCCAGGGUCUAUGCCAUGUUGGACCAGAACCCGCGGGCUACGAAGCACGUACUGGUGAUACCGCACGAGCACAUUGCGUCCGUGGAUGACGUGACACCGGAACACUUGGAUCUGUUGGAGCACAUGUUCACGACGGGUAAAGACGUCCUGGCACGAGAUGGCUUCACGGACGCGACAAACUGCCGAUUUGGGUUCCACCGCUACCCAUUCACUUCUGUUUCGCAUCUGCACCUGCACUGCUUGGGUCUGCCUUUCGUCCCAGCAUGGAAUUGCGUGAGGUACACCGAGUCCGUGCUUUCAUCGUUCGUUAGCGCUGAGAGUACCGUCGCCGCUCUUCGGGCGAAGCGAGAGACCAUGCGCUCCUCGGACGACUAG